AUGUUUCCUCCACAAUAUAAUAAUAUAGACAUUGAAGCCCUGAGCGGUAUUCUUGGUUCGAUUUCAAUAGCCUGCUGGGUUGUUGUCUUUUCGCCGCAAAUCAUCGAAAAUUUCCGACGUAGAUCAGCCGAUGGUCUCUCGCUACUUUUCAUUGUCGUCUGGCUUGCCGGCGAUGUCUUCAAUAUCCUUGGAGCUGUGCUCCAGGGUGUGCUACCAACAAUGAUUAUUUUGGCAAUAUAUUAUACACUUGCAGAUAUUGUUUUGCUAGGACAAUGCCUUUAUUACCGAGGGCUUUUAUUCUCGGGUGACAAGGCUAAGAAGAGUACGGAAAUUAGUCAACAAAAUGGCGAGCUAGAGCAAGGUCGCCAUGAGGGUGAAGUCGUGUCGGAGGGGACGGCAUUACUAGGUCAUGGAAAUGGCAGCCACCACCAUCAUCAACAACCACAACAGUAUCAACGAAGUACUCAAGUUGACGGCACACAUCUCUCCCCAGCAACUCCUUUCGUGGACACCGUUUCACCUGUUGGACUUGACGGUGGUCGUGCUGCUUCACGCUCCUCGAUUUCUAAUAUCCAAGCCGCUGUGCUCAACACUUUUGUCAUCAUCCUUGUCUGUGCUGCGGGUGUGCUGGGGUGGUAUGUCAGUUCUCGCGUGAACAAGACCAAAAACGAUAAGACCGUGGACUCGUCUGCGCCGCUCACCUUCGAUUUUUGGGGCCAAGUCUUUGGCUAUCUAUGUGCCAUUUUAUAUCUCGGCUCACGCAUUCCCCAGCUUCUGCUCAAUUACCAACGUAAAUCAACAGAAGGUGUGUCGCUUCUUUUCUUCCUAUUUGCCUGUAUUGGCAAUCUCACAUAUGUGCUGUCAAUAUUCGCGUACUCGCCUGUCUGUCAAUCCGAUGUUUGCGAGCCUGGCGAGGCUGCGUCGGUUUAUGGACAGUAUAUACUUGUGAACCUGUCUUGGUUGAUAGGAAGUUUGGGAACCCUGUUAUUGGAUAUGGCCAUCUUUGUACAAUUCUUUCUCUAUCAGAAGGACGACGAAAAUUAUUAG